AAUCUGAAAAGAGAGAGGGAGGUGUAUUGGAGGUGGAUUAAUCUGAAAAGAGAGAGGGAGGUGUAUUGGAGGUGGAUUAAUCUGAAAGGUCACGCUGCUGCCUGUCUCCACCUGACACCUGCCUGACACCUGACAUUUGAGUUAAUGAGCGCUCGUCCAGGUGUCACGCUACUGAUCUACAACGGUCAUUGGAGAAUGGAAAGACUUAUUGGGGCUGCCACUCUGUGUGGAGAUCUCAAGGCCUUUCUCAGCAACCACAACCUGCCCAAAGGCAACAUUUCCCUGGUAACGUCACCCGGCUACAGUCCUGCCACCAAGAUUACUUUGGGAGCGGUGAACUCCAACGUGGGGACCCCAAUGAUCAUCAGCACGCCACAGAGAGUCUCUCACUCCGGCAGCAUCAUCAUCGGCAGCCCGUUCCAAACACACACGCCCACGGCCAUGGUGACGCAAGCCCAUGGGUGACCCGUCGAGUCUCGCAUAUCACCUGCGGCCAGGAAGCGCACCCAUGACUUUGUAGAGUCCUAUCUAUCUGACCGGGACGGACUGUGCUCCAGUGACUCAUCUUCCUGCAAGCGUAUGAAGAAGGGUGAUAAGAAUGGCAAGGGCCUGCGCCACUUCUCCAUGAAGGUGUGUGAGAAGGUACAGAAGAAGGGCACCACCUCCUACAACGGUCGCCCGGCGAGCUGCUGGUGUGUGUCUCCACAGCAGGUGUAUGACCAGAAGAACAUCCGGCGGCGUGUGUAUGACGCGCUGAACGUCCUCAUGGCCAUGAACAUCAUCUCCAAAGAGAAAAAGGAGAUCCGCUGGAUAGGCCUGCCCACCAACUCCGCACAGGAGUGCCACAACCUGGAGCUUGAGAAACAGAAACGCCUGGAGAGGAUCAGACAGAAAAGAGCCCAGCUGCUGUGAUUUGAGUCUAUACUACAGCAAAUCGCCUUUAAGAACCUGGUCCAGAGAAACCAGGCAGCAGAGGCGGAGUCCCAGAGCCCUCCUCCUCCCGGCGCGGUCAUCCAGCUGCCCUUCAUCAUCCUCAACACGGACGUGCGCACAGUCAUCGACUGCUCCAUCUCCAGCGACAAGUGCGAGUACCUGUUCAACUUUGACAACACGUUUGAGAUCCACGACGACAUCGAGGUGCUGAAGCGCAUGGGCAUGUCGCUGGGCCUGGAGAGCGGCUCGUGCACCGCAGAGGGACUCAGCCUGGCACGCUCGCUCGUGCCCAAGUCUCUCCAGUGCUACGUCACAGCCAUGGCCAGGAACUCCAGUCGCACGCCCCACAGCCACACGAGUUCUCUCCCAGGUGACCUGGACUCAUCCUCGCUCAGUGGUGGGAGGAGCUUCAGCCACAGUAGCACCGCCCCCUCCCACGCCUCUGAAUCCCGCAGCUCUUUCAACGAGGAGGAAGAGGACGAGGAAGAGGACGAGCCCUCGUCACCCGAGUGACCCAUCCAAAAAACCAACGCCUGACCAAUCAGCAUCCCUGACGGGGGACAAAUAAAUAAAUAAAUAAAUGAAAAAUGAAAAGGAAAAAAAAAAAAAGACUUCCAAUGCACCUAAUAUCCCUACAGGAGGAAUUGGAGGCAUGCUCUACAGGAAAUAAGCUGCCAUUUUGGUUUUCUAUGAAUAAGAUAUGUUAGGAAUAUAUAUCUCUCCAUCACUUUCCUUCUUCCCAAACCCCCUACUCUAGAAUUGGAGUCAAUCGUGCCUCCUAGGUGUGUGUGUGUGUGUGUGUGUGUGUGUGUGUGUGUGUGUAAUUGAUUGCUUAACUGUCUGUGUGUGUGUGUGUGUGUGUGUGUGUGUGUGUGUGUCAUUGAUUGCUUAACUGUGUGUGUGUGUGUGUGUGUGUGUGUCUCUGGUAGUCUGGUAGUGGAGUGCUCUGAGUUUGAGAGUUUGAGUAGAGGCCCCAUGCCCUACAGACGUCAGCCAAGGCCUCUCAGGGCCCCGACCCCCUGGGCUCACCCCGACCCCCUGGGCUAACCCCGACCCCCUGGGCUCACCCGGACGCCCUUCUCACCCGGACGCCACUUCUAUUUAUGUCCAAGCUCACAUCAGUCAUAACUGUGACAUUUCAGUUUGCCUGCUUUCCACUCCUCCAGACCAGGCUUGCGACCCAAGCAGCUUCCAUUAUCCAUCCUUCGUUUGCUCAUUUAAGGGAACUUUUUUGACUUAUUUCAGUCUGCAAAUGGCAUACAUUUCGCAGACUAUAUUUGUAUAUUUCUUUUUCCCUAAAAAAAAUCAAACAUGCUAUCGUUUUUAAGCGUGACUAAUAUUUGUCGAUCUUCUAUUGUUAUUGUUAUUUGAUUGUAUAGCCGAUCGAUUAGGAUUCAUGCUCAUCUUUCACCGCAUCUACUAUUGCAGAGACCUCCUGGAGCGUUUUGGAGAGGUGCGUUAUGGGAGAUGUAGUCUUGUGCGUGAGAAGUAGUAUAGCAUCACUCAUUCCUUAUUUUUGGUUGUUAUCCCAAAGCCGAUGUAUGAAUAGCAACUCUUCCCGGACACACUGCCUUGCGUUCUGAGACACACUGGUUGGUUAUGUUUUUUAAAAGGACAGAUUACUAAUGAGAUGCCUGAAGUGCAGGCAUUUUUCCUCCUGUUUCUAUUCACACGUUAAGGUUCUGCUCUCUCUUUGGAAAUGUAACUGUGUAUGUAUAUACCUAUACAUAUAUAAACAUAUAAUUUUGGUUA